AUGACUUCUAAAGAAAAGAAUUCAAAUAUACUUCAAUUACAUUAUAAUGAUGAUUAUAUUGAACAAUCAAUUCAAUAUCAACAAUCUAAUAGUCAAUCAAUUAAUGUAGAUCAAUUAUAUGUAAAUAUUGUAGGUGCAUGUAGUAUUUGGCAAUGGUUUACAGCAAUAUUAGUAAUGUUUAGUAAUCCAUCUACUCCAACAUUUCCUGUAUUUGCUAAUUCAAUACCACAACAACGUUGUCGUUUAUCUAAUAAUAUAGAAAAUAUAAUACAUUUAAAGAAUUUAUCAUUAGAACAAGUUGGUAUUAUAAUUGGUCCAUGGAAAAAUAAAACUGAUACAAAUUAUACACAAAUGAAUGGAUGUUAUCAAUAUAAAUUGAAUUGGACAGAAAAUUUAUUUGAAGAAGUAAUUCAUACUUAUGAUAAAGGAUCAUUUCAAUCAAAAUUUAUUCAUUAUCAAAUAAUUCCAUGUGAAAAUGGAUAUGUAUAUGAAUUAAAUGAAUUACAAUAUCCUGGAAGUGUUGUAAUUGAAUUUGAUACAGUUUGUCAACAUAAUUGGCUUGUACCAUUAGGUUCAUCAAUUUAUUUUGUUGGAAUGAUGAUUGGAUUUAUAUUUGGUGGUUGGGCUGGUGAUCAAUUUGGUCGAAAAAAUUCAUCAAUAAUUUUAGCAAUAAUUGAGUUUAUAUUUAGUAUUUGUACAUCAUUGUCACCUAAUUACAUUGUUUAUAUAUUGUCUAGAGCAAUUGUUGCUAUAGCAAAUAUAGGCAAAGUUACAGUUUUAAAUGUGUUAGUAAUGGAGAUGACUAUAGCUAAAUAUCGUUCAUAUAUUGGUGCUGUAAUGGCAUUGGGAUACAAUUUUCUAUUGAGAGCAUUAAUAUCAUUAGAAGCAUAUUUCAUACCGAAUUGGAGAUGGUUAAAUUUGUCUGUAAUGGCACCUAAUUUAUUGUGUAUUUUAUAUUUUUGGUGUUUAGUUGA